AAUAGCAGAACUUCAAUCAUGUACGGGCCGUCGCCGAUAAUUGUGUUGAGUGGGAACACCAAACGUGAAUCGGGAGAGAAGGUUCAGUUUGGAAAUAUCACAGCGGGGAAGGCCAUAGCGGAUAUCAUCAGAACAUGUCUGGGACCACGGGCUAUGCUGAAGAUGUUGAUGGACCCGAUGGGAGGCAUUGUGAUGACCAAUGAUGGGAAUGCCAUUCUCAGGGAGAUCACAGUGCAGCACCCAGCGGCCAAGUCCAUGAUUGAGGUGGCCAGGACACAGGAUGAGGAGGUUGGGGAUGGAACCACCACUGUUAUCAUUCUGGGAGGUGAGAUGUUGUCAGUAGCAGAACCUUUUCUCCAACAGCAGAUGCACCCCACCGUGAUCAUCAGUGCUUUCAGACAGGCGCUAGAGGACCUUGUGGACAUGCUCAGGACAAAAAUAGCUGUACCGGUUGAUGUGAAGAACAAAAAUGAGAUGCUGAAGAUUGUCAAAAGUUGUAUAGGAACAAAAUUUAUGAGAAAAUGGUCGGAUUUAGCGUGUGAAAUUGCCCUGGAAGCCACAGCUACAGUUGCUUUGGAGGAGAAUGGCAGGAAAGAGAUUGACAUUAAAAGAUAUGCAAAAGUAGAAAAAGUGCCCGGAGGAUCUAUUGAAGAUUCAAAGGUGUUACGAGGGGUAAUGGUCAACAAGGAUGUAGUCCAUCCUAAGAUGAGGAGGCGAAUUGAAAAUCCGAGAAUAAUUCUGCUGGACUGCAAUUUGGAGUACAAAAAAGGGGAGAGCCAGACCAACAUUGAGAUAACAAAGGAAGAAGAUUUUGCUAAAAUCCUGAAGCUGGAGGAAGACUACAUUCAGCAGAUUUGUAAUGACAUAAUCAAGCUGAAGCCUGAUCUGGUGAUAACAGAGAAAGGGGUGUCAGAUCUUGCCCAGCAUUUCCUUGUGAAAGCAGGCAUUAGCUGCAUUAGACGGUUACGCAAGACAGAUAACAACAGAAUUGCUAGAGCUUGUGGAGCAACAAUUUGUGCAAGAACAGAUGAAUUGAAAGAAGAUGAUGUGGGUACAAGAUGUGGGCUUUUUGAAAUUAAAAAGAUUGGUGAAGAGUACUUCACCUUCCUGGUCGACUGUCAGGACCCUAAAGCCUGUACGAUCCUGCUGAGAGGGGCGAGUAAAGACAUCCUGAAUGAGGUGGAGAGGAACCUGCAAGAUGCAAUGAAUGUUGCCCGAAAUGUGAUGGUGGAUCCCAUGUUAGUGCCAGGUGGAGGGGCCACAGAAAUGGCUCUGGCUCAGGCAAUGAACGAGAAGGCUAAGAGCAUCACGGGCGUGCACCAGUGGCCCUACCGUGCAGUGGCCAGAGCUCUGGAGGUGAUUCCUCGCACUCUAAUCCAGAACUGUGGAGUUAACAUGAUCAGGACGCUGACCGCUCUCCGGGCUAAACAUACUCAAGCUAAGAGCACAACCUGGGGGGUGGAUGGAGAGACAGGGAACCUGGUGGACAUGCAGGAGUUUGGAAUAUGGGACCCCUUGUCGGUCAAAGCUCAAACCUGCAAGACUGCGAUAGAGACUGCCAUUUUGCUGUUGAGGAUAGAUGACAUUGUCUCUGGCACCAAGAAGCAGGCUGCUGACGGUAGUGGCGCCCCAGCUCCUACCGACGGUGCUGGCGAUUCUUGAAGAGCUAGGACUUGAAAACCUGUGUGGCAUACAUGCAUAGAUGUGCUGCCACUCCAGAGCUGGGAAAAUUCAAAACUUAGUGGUGGAAAACGUGAAACCAUUUUUCUUUGUGCCAUAUUUCAUUGUCAGUUUGUCUGCUGCGCUACCUGAACUUGUGGAAUUAUCAAUUUCACAUGAUAAUGCACCAGUUUUUCAUUUUUGGACGGUGAAAUUUCCUUAGUCUGUUUCCAUUUUGCAAUUUUGUGUAGCUUUAAGAGUAGCUUAAAUUUAGAAUUUCUAAGAAACAGUACUGCUAAACAUUUGGCUCUUCUGGAAUGACUUGGAAUUUGACAGAAUAGAAAAUCAACAAAACAUGCAAACCCAUUUUAGUUUAUGUACAAAUUGUCUCCCCUUACCCGUCUACGUCUAGUUAGUGCUGUAUUGGAUGCACCUGUAGCUGGCACAUGUGAUGACUUGGAUAGAUUUUCUUAAUUCAGUGUCCCAGUCAGGUGUUGUGCUAUAAAUUUUUUUUUUCAUUGUAUUAUCAUUUAAAUGUUGGAGGUUUCUAUAAAAUGUGCUCCUGGUAUAAUUUAACUGCUGUGUUCAUCUUAUUAUUGACUGAAUUUUUCACACAAUUCUCAUCUCAGAUGUUGACAAGAAGACACAGGCUUGGCCUUUGCCAGGUGAAAAGUAAAAAAAUUUAUUUUUGACUUGUCUUGGAAAGCUGUUGGAGCAAGUCUGACCUUAAAAAAAAGUUCAAGAAAGUGGAAAUGUGAUCUAAAUUAAGUUUUAACAUUUUCGUGUCACUAUCAAGGGUUUCCAUCUGGUGUAAAAAAACCUGGUUGAAUAAAGUUCUUGAUGUGGAUCUUGCAAUUAGGACAGUGUGGUGGAGGGAGCCGUUAAGUUGGGUUCUAUUUAUUGAUUUGAUUGUUUAUAAGUGCUG